GAAGUGUGUGUGUAUAGAAGUUGUGACGGCGGUGGAUACGUUUAUGCAGGUUACGAGUGUUCACGUGAGAGUAAUAAUAAAUAUUGUAUUUCAACUGCUAUUAUUGAACAAAGUACGAUUUUUAGACGCCUAAAUUAAUUCGCGAAAGAAAAGCAAAUUUAUAUCAUAAAUCGUUACGUAUUAAAAGAGAUCUACUUAUUUAUUUCAAUUUUCUUAACCUGUACGAGAGAUUUAAAAAUGUGUUGGAAAAGCCGAGGGGAGAAAGAAUAUUAGCAAGAGUGCGUUGCCGAAACGGGCGACGAGCAUUCGGCGAUAGGAUGGUUUUGCAAAAAAUUAGCUGCGACUUUGUUAAAGGUUUUCGGCAUGUGCAUGCUAGAACGAGCGAGCCGUGUGGCAACAAGAGCUUCCAGCGAUUGUACACGGCAUUGCCGCGUCUCACGCCGCAAGAGGUCACGAACGUUUUGCAAGCUAACGAGUAUACCAAAGAAUUCUCUGGCGCGGGUUCCGUAAAGUAUUACGACUCUAAUCAAUUGGCGUCUAAUAAUCCCAUAGAGGACACUCGAUCCGAGGCGCAAUGCUUGCUGACCAAAGGUGUAUUAUUGGGAGUAUUCGAUGGUCAUGGCGGCGGUGCCUGUGCACAAGUGGUAUCAAAACGACUGUUUCAUUAUAUAUCGGCAUGCUUGUUACCACCCAAAUUACUGCAACAAUACUUGAAUUCGAUCGGUUCUGACAAAAACUUAGAAUUGCUUCAGACCUUCAAUGACAAAGUAGAUUUCCUGGCCGAGAUUAGAGAUCUUUACCAGACUAGCUUCUUGAAUUUUGUAAAAGACUUGGUACAAUCGGACGCCAGGAAAGAGUUUCAAAUGGAAAAGGCUUUGGAAAACGCGUUUCUCAGACUGGACAACGACCUCUCGAGCGAAGCUCUAUUACAGCUAAAUAGAAAAGACGCUGCGAGAACUCUCGCUGUCGCAAUGUCGGGUGCGGUGGCGGCUGUGGCGCACAUCGACGGCCCUCACCUCCAUGUCGCUGGUGUUGGCGAUUGCAGAGCCGUCUUGGGAGUGCUUUCAGAAACUGAUGGAUGGUCGGCCAAAAUGAUGACGGUGGAGCAUAACGCUGACAAUCGCACGGAAGUGGGAAGAAUCUUGUCGGAGCAUCCGUCGAACGAGAAAUCGACCGUGAUCAAACUGGAAAGACUGCUCGGGCAAUUAGCGCCGUUCCGAUCGCUAGGCGAUUUUCGCUACAAGUGGAGCAAGGACACCAUGAAAAAGGUCGUCGUGCCGUUUCUCGGGGAAACGGCGAUCCCUCCGAAUUAUCAUACGCCGCCGUACUUGACGGCCAAUCCGGAAGUCAAGUAUCACAGACUGACGCCCAGGGACAAGUUCCUCAUAAUAGCCAGCGACGGAUUGUGGGAUCUGAUUUCACCGUUGCAAGCCGUGCGUUUGGUCGGUGAGCACAUGAGCGGCAAGGUGACGCUGAGCCCACUGAGAUUGCCCCGUAAAAACAUGAAACUGUCGGACAUAAACGAGAUGCUGCUGCAACGGAAGGAGGGCUUGAAAAAGAAACCCCUGGACGGUAACGCGGCGACGCACCUACUGAGAAACGCCUUGGGCGGCACGGAAUACGGGAUAGACCACGCCAAGCUGUCGCAGCUGCUGACCCUGCCGGGCGAAGUGGUACGGAUAUUCCGCGACGACAUCACCAUCACGGUCGUUUACAUGGAUUCGGAAUUUCUCAGACACUGUCCUCCCUGAGAAGCUGUUCUUCUUCUUCUUAUUAUUAUCUACGCGACUAUUUUUAGAUACCGAAAUUGUAAAUUGUUUGUAUGUCAUAUAUACGUGUAUAUGUGUGUAUAUAUACAGCUUGUUAUUUAUUUAGUAACAAUAAAAACAAUUUACAUGAAAACAGCACUCUGGAUAUCGAUAUAAUGCACAUGUAAAUAUAUUACA